AUGUUCUCCUCCUCGUCUCUCGUUAUUACCGUGCUACUGAGUGCAAUGAAAUGCACAGCUGCGCCACUUAUUCAGGAGAGAGACUCAUCGGUACUCGCACGUGGUCUAUUUUCAGGGGGGCCACUCUCCGGUCCGUCGUCAGCCGUCGUUGACUCAAACCUCAUGAGUCAAUUCGAACUGAUGGGGCAAUAUUCGACAGCAGCCUAUUGCCCAAACAACUUUAACUCGCCUGGCGACCAAAUCGAAUGCGCCGGUGGAAACUGCCCACGCGUUCAAGAUGCAGACUCCAUCACCGCAGCGGAGUACAGCCGACAGGAAACAUCUACCGACGUGACAGGUUUUGUCGCAGUGGACCACACCAACCAGCUCAUCGUCGUCUCAUUCCGCGGCAGCUCCUCUCUCGACAACUGGCGCACAAACCUGGAUAUGGAUGUCACCCAAACAAAACUUUGCGACGACUGCACAGCACACAGAGGUUUCUGGCAAUCAUGGCUAGAUGCAAAGGACCGCGUGAUGCCAGCCGUACAACAAGCAGCUGCCUCUUUCCCCCAGUACAAAAUCACCGUAACAGGCCAUUCGCUUGGGGCCGCAAUCGCAACACUCGCUGCUGCUAAUAUGCGUCAUGAUGGAUACACCGUCGCAUUAUACAACUUCGGUUCCCCGCGUAUUGGAGGUGCCAAAAUUAGUAACUACAUCACCAACCAACCUGGAGGCAACUACCGCGUGACCCACUGGAACGACCCCAUCCCGAGAGUUCCUCUUCUCACAAUGGGCUACGUUCACAUCAGCCCGGAGUACUACAUCAACAAGGCGACUGGCCAGGAUGUCCAGGCCAGCGACAUCAAAGUAUAA